UUUGUAUAUUGUCAACUUUGGAACUUUGACAAAAGUAAAUUUCAGUAAACCAAAAUUUCAUUUUACUCUUAACGAAAUUGUUCAUUUAGUAUAAAAUUAAGAAAUUUCAGUUAUUUUGGAUGCUAUUGCAUUGUAAACCAACAUCGUAACAUUUCAAUUUGGACGCUUCAUACUGUACAACAGGAAUGAAUGGUCUAUCUAAAAAUUGUGCUGGAAAGGCACUCUCUCAACGUAAUUUUGGAAAAGAAAAAGAGGAAGUACCAGUUGAAAAGUCAAAAAAUGAAUUGAUAGCAGAUAGUCAGCUUAAUACAUAUACCAUUCCUUUCAUACGGAUAUCCCAAAAUGCUUCAUGUCUAGCUAAAUAUACAAAUGUUUUAACAAGGUCUUCUGAAGAUGGAAUAACAAUGGACGAUUUGGAUGCUCUUCAGCAGGAUUUAGAAAAACUACUUACAAACUGUGCCUUGAGGAACAGGUUUUUCAGAGCCGAGAUCGAGUCUAUUGACAAAGUUGAAGAAAAACGGGAUAAACGGGGCAAACAGACUUCUCUAAAACGUAAAAGGCAAGAUGAUAAAAUGAAAUUCAAGGAUAUCAAGAAUGGUACUAGAAUUGUUAAAAAGCACGGUCUGGGAGUGAACAAUUUCAUUGUGGAUACACCACCACUGAGACAUGAUAUUCCUAAAGUUGCCUUACCAAAGAAUGAUACUUCUGAGAAGUUCUGGGCAUCUGUUGAGCCUUUCUGUGCCGAGAUCCAAAAAGAUGAUGUUGCAUUUUUAGAUACACUCAUUGAGGAGUGCUCUAAAGAAAUAACUAUUAAAGUACCUGACAUUGGAGAGCAUUUUACUUCGGAAUGGUCUGAUGAGCUUCUCUUUGAGGAGCAGAAUGUUACCAGUACUAAAGGAAAUGAGUUUAAGAAAAAUGGAUUCAGUGCGAUUUUGGAUAGUUUAUCCAAUCCAAAAACACAAAGCCUAUUAUCGACUCUACCAGCUACGUUGGAUAAAUUUAGAGGUACUGUUCCAGUAUCAGAUUUAGGUAUAUUCAAAAACUACAGUAGGAAAGGCUGUAUGGAAAAACGUUUGAAGAAGGAACUUAUUGAUCAAGGAAUUUUGAGUGUUGAGGAUCUCCAAAAGACAACUCCAGAAGACGAAGUUUUACUGGAAAUAAAAAAAUGCCAACAUGAACUAAUUACUGUUAAUGAGUACAACAAAAUGGAACUACACAAACUUAGAAAUAGCGUAGCCAAAGACAUGAAGAGGCAAGAGGUUAAGGAGGCAUUAAAUAGAUGUGAUAAUAAGGUUAUGGAAUUAUACAACAAGAUACUUUUAGCUAAACAGAAAGCGUUGCAAAAUGAAGAUGAAGAUGUUGACAAACAACUAGUAAACGAACAAAUAACUAAGGAUUUCGAAAGUGAAGCAGAUAGCUUAGUCGAGCAACAGUACAUUUUAAAUAGAGAACUUUUAGAUCUGACUGACGCUUCAAUGUUGUACUAGAGGUAAUUUAUCGAUAAAAGAGUAUAUUAUUUUACAUUGAACUGUUUAUAUUGAAAUUUAAUUAUACUAAUUAUACGCAAAUGAAUUUC